CCGCAUCGCCGCGCCGGCCGCAGCCUCAAGUCAGUCGAGAGGCGGAAUCGCAGCAGGACGCUUCGUCGGCGCCGUGAGUCGAGUCGAGGCGGGAUCCGGUCGUACGAGCAGCAGCACCCGACAGGACCCGAGCCGGAGCAGCGCCAGCCAUGGCCUCGCUGUACUCGCUGCUGCUGCGGCUCUUCAUCGUGUGCUUCCUGGCGCUCACGCGCUGGGUCGUCAUCCCCAUCUGGCGGCCCGACAUGGCCAGGUCGCCCGUGCAGGACGUCCAGGAGCGCGGCGUGCCGCUGCUGCACCGCUACGACUACAUUAUCGUCGGCGCCGGCUCGGCGGGCAGCGUGCUCGCCAACAGGCUGUCGGAGGACCCGUCCGUGUCCGUGCUGCUCCUGGAGGCCGGCGUGGACGAGGACCCCCUCCACGACGUGGUCGCCGCGUACCCGGUGCUACCCAACGGGCCGCACGACUGGGCCUUCAAGACCGUGCCCCAGGAGCACGCCUGCCAGUCGCUGAGGGGCAACAUGUCUUCCUGGCCGCGUGGGAAGGGACUGGGCGGGUCCAGCUCCAUCAACGCCAUGCUCUACUACAGAGGCAACCGCAGGGACUAUGACCACUGGAGGGACGAGUUCGGCCUCAAGGGAUGGGGGUACGACGACGUGCUGCCCUACUUCAAGAAGAGCGAGGACAUGAGGGACCCCGCGCUGAAGGACUCGCCCUUCCACGGCCUGGGCGGGCCCCUCACCGUCGAGCCCUACAAGUUCUACGCCGGGAUCGCGGAGGACUUUCUGGAGGCCGGCAAGGACCUGGGUCUCCCGGUGCUCGUGGACCAGAACGGCGCGGUGCAGACGGGGCUGACGCGGCCGCACGGCACGCUCAGGGACGGGCUGCGCUGCUCCACCGCCAAGGCCUUCCUGCGGCCGGCCGCGGCGCGCCCCAACCUGCACAUCAGCCUGCGCUCCACCGCGCUCAAGGUGCUGCUCACGGGGCCGGCGGAGGACCUGCGCGCCGUGGGCCUGCGCUUCCGCAAGGGCGGCGCGGAGCGCGAGGUGCUGGCCGGCCGGGAGGUGAUCCUGGCGGCCGGCGCGGUGCAGUCGCCGCAGCUGCUCAUGGUGUCCGGGCUGGGGCCGAGCGACGCGCUGCGCCGCGCCGGGGUGCCGCCCGCGCUGGACCUGCCCGGCGUGGGCGCCAACCUCCAGGACCACGUCGGCAUGGCGGGGCUCAUCUGGCUCCUGGACGGCGCGGCGCACAAGACCACCAUGGUCACGCGCAGCGCCUCCUUCCAAGGGCUGGUCGACUUCAUCCGAGGCCAGGGCGGCCCAAUGUACGGCCUGUCCAUGGGUGAGGUGCUCGGCUUCGUGAGCACGAAGUAUGCCAAUGCGUCCGACGACCACCCCGACGUGCAGAUCUUCAUGGCCAGCAUCUCGGACGCCGGCGACUGCGGCCUGGUAAACGCCGCCAACCUGGGCCUGGAGCCGUCCGUGUACGACGCGGCGUAUGGCCCCGUCCUGCUGAGGGACGCCGUCACCUGCUUGCCGAUCGUUCUGCGGCCCAAGGCCCGCGGCAGCCUCACCAUCACGGCGCCCACCAUGGACACGCCGCCCACCAUCGACCCCAUGUACCUCAGCCAUCCGGACGACGUCGGCGUCUUGGUGGAAGGGGCCAAAGUCUGCGAGAGGCUGAUGCAGACCAAGACCAUGAAGGCGAUGAACGCGCGACCCAAUCCCAACAAGUUCCCGGCCUGCGACCACCUGGAGCUGCUCUCCGACGAGCACCUCGACUGCCAAGCGCGCCAGUACACCAUGACCAUCUACCACCCGGUGGGCACGUGCCGAAUGGGCCGGCGGGACGACCCGCUGGCCGUGGUGGACGAGCGCCUGCGCGUGCGCGGCGUGCGCGGGCUCCGCGUCGUGGACGCGUCCGUCAUGCCCACCCUCCCCAGCGGCAACACCAACGCGCCCACCAUCAUGGUGGCCGAGAAGGCCGCCGACCUCAUCAAGGAAGACGCCAAAGUGCGUGACCAAGAAACCAAAACACGUUUAAAAUAUUUUGUUGCGUUCGGCGGUUGGAGCUAAAACACUUGCUUUUUUUUUUUUUUUUUUUUUUUUU